AUGGACGUCUCUUCAUCCGCAGAAACCAAACUUGCCACCGCAAAGAUGGUUCUAUCCACCGCAGCCUCUGUCGCGGCUUCGGCAAUGCUUGCUAGAUCAAUAGCUCAAGACUUCCUGCCCCAUGAAUUCCAAGCAUACUUUUUCUAUAAAAUUCGCAAUUUCUUUGGGCGUUUCUCAUCCGAACUCACUAUGGUCAUUGAUGAGUAUGAUGGAUACGUUUCCAACGAAAUAUACAAGGCAGCGGAGAUUUAUUUGGGCAGCAAAAUGUCUCCAUCGACACAAAGAAUCAAAGUAAGCAAACCCGAGAAAGAAAACAUCCUUGUGAAAGUGGACCGCAAUGAAGAAAUAGUAGAUAUCUUUCAAGAUGUUAAAUUCAAGUGGGUUCUUGUUUGUUCCUAUGUUGACUCAAAAAACUACAACUCUUUUGAUCAUGGCCCUACAUCAAGAUCGGAAGUGAGGUCUUUUGAAGUCAGUUUCCCUAAGGAACACAAAGAAAUGGCUCUUGAAACUUAUCUUCCUUACAUUGUCAAAGAAGCAAAAUCCAUGGUGCAAGAGACGAAGCAACUGAAGAUUUUCACAUUUGAUCCUGAGCAAUUGUAUGGAAAUUUAGCAGAUGCAUGGAUACCAGUGAAUCUUGACCAUCCUGCAACAUUUGAUACACUUGCUUUGGACACAGAAGUUAAAGAUACAAUCCUGAAAGAUCUUGAAAGGUUUGUUAAGAGGAAAGAUUAUUACAGGAAAGUUGGCAAGGCUUGGAAAAGAGGGUAUCUGUUGUAUGGACCACCAGGGACUGGUAAAUCUAGCUUGAUUGCUGCAAUGGCGAAUUAUCUGAAUUUUAAUAUCUAUGACUUGGAGUUGACUGAGGUGAGAUGCAACUCUAACCUCAAGAAGUUGCUUCUGGCCACUGCAAAUCGGUCAAUAUUGGUGGUGGAGGAUAUAGAUUGUACCAUUGAAUUGCAGAAUCGAAUGGCCGAAGAAAUCGAUGCCCAACCUCUCGGUCAGCCUCCACAAAAACAGGUAACAUUGUCAGGAUUGCUAAAUUUUAUUGACGGAUUAUGGUCUAGCUGCGGGGAUGAGAGAAUUAUAGUGUUCACAACAAAUCACAAAGAAAAGCUAGACCCAGCAUUGCUGAGGCCAGGACGCAUGGAUGUUCAUCUUCACAUGUCUUAUUGCACUCCAUGUGGAUUUAAACUUCUUGCUGAUAAUUACCUUGGAAUUAAAGACGAUGUUUUAUUUGGAGAGAUUGAGGAGCUAAUUAAAACAACAGAAGUGACCCCAGCAGAAGUGGCAGAACAGCUUAUGAGGAGUGAUGAGGUUGAUGAGACCGUCCUUAAUAAGCUAAUUGAAUUUCUCAAAGAAAGAAAGAUAGAAAAUGAGGAAAAAGCCAAGGCUGAAAAGAAUAAGAAGGAAUCGGAAAUUGUGGAAAAAAUUGAGCGUGUGAAAGACAAUAUGGAACUUGAUGAGGAAAAAGAGAAACAACGACUAGCUACGGCCUGCAUUCCUUUCUUAAUGGAACUUGUUUUUAGCAAAUGGGUUUUUGCCUUUGCACUUCCUUAUUGGGUGUUAUUUUCCGGAGCAUACUCAGUGGAGGGACUAAGAGGCGAUUCUAAAGUUCGGGGAGUGAACUUGGGAGGUUGGCUGGUGAUUGAAGGUUGGAUUAAGCCAUCACUCUUUGAUGGUAUUCCCAACGGAGACAUGCUCGAUGGUACUGAGGUUCAUUUUAAGUCAGUGUCAUCGCAAAAGUAUGUGAGUGCAGAGGAUGGGGGUGGUAUGGGUGUUACAGUGGACAGAGAUGUUGCUUUUUCGUGGGAAACCUUCAAGUUGUGGAGAGUUUCUGCAUCAGAAUUUCAGCUUUGCACCUCGCAAGGCCAUUUUCUAACAUGUGAUGGUGAAGGGUGCCCCAUUUCUGCCACAGUAAACUCACCUUCAGAAGGGAAAAUGUUUUAUAUUGAAAGGAAUAGUAACAACAGUCAAGUUCACAUAAAACUUACUACUGGAGCUUAUCUGCAGGUUACAAUAGGGAAUCUGCUGACAGCAGACUAUCCAGGGAAACCAGGAUGGGAUGAUAAUGCAGCCACAUUCGAAAUGACGAUUGUGGCAAAUAACUUGCAUGGAGAUUACCAGCUUGCAAAUGGAUAUGGAAAUCAUCAGGCCAAAGAGGUUCUGAAGAAACACAGAAAUAGUUUUAUUACUAUGGAUGAUUUCAAUUUUCUAUAUAGACAUGGGAUAAAUACUGUGAGGAUUCCUGUUGGCUGGUGGGUUGCUUUCGAUCCCAAUCCUCCUGCUCCUUUUAUUGGGGGAUGUUUGGAAGCUCUAGAUAAUGCAUUCUCAUGGGCACAAGCCUAUAAUAUAAAAUGUAUAAUUGACCUUCAUGCUGCUCCUGGCUCUCAAAAUGGGAUGGAGCAUAGCGCUAGUAGAGAUGGUACAGCAGGCUGGCCUACCUCUCUAGAUUAUGUCUCAAAGACAUUGGAUGUUAUUGAAUUUUUAGCUUCAAGAUAUGCAAGACAUCCUGCUUUGCUGGGAAUUGAGCUUUUAAAUGAACCAUCUGCCUUCUCUGUUCCCCUGGAAAUUUUAGUUCCAUAUUACAAACAAGGCUAUGAAAUUGUUCGAAAAUACUCCUCUAAAGCUUAUGUAAUAAUCUGCCAAAGAAUUGGCAAUGCAGAUCCAAUGGAACUUUACCAGGCGAAUAUAAGCUCGCAUAAUUUAGUUGUGGAUUUGCAUUUUUACAAUCUUUUUGAUACUUACUUUGCUAAUAUGAGCAGUAAGGAUAACAUAGAAUUUCUAUAUAAGAGCAGGGGAGCUCAAUUACAGGCUCUAAACAGUGCAAAUGGUCCACUCGUUUUUGUUGGGGAAUGGGUGAAUGAGUGGAACGUGACAAAUGGAUCUCAGACAGAUUAUCAAGAUUUUGGUAGGGCGCAACUUGAGGUUUAUGAUGCAGCUUCCUUUGGAUGGGCGUAUUGGACUCUCAAAAAUGACAGAAAGCACUGGGAUUUUGAGUGGAACAUUAGAAACAAUUAUCUCCAACUGGGUAACAUCCAUUAUUAG